AUGCUAGGAUUACCCCGUGAAGGCGUUACGGUAGAAUGGCUUCUCCAGCCAUUCAAGGCGGUCAUCUUUCAGCCAGUGAUCACCGGUUUGCUACUAGCAGUGGUUUUUGAGAAGCCGCUGGAAGCUCAAAGCGUGAUCUACCAACUCUUCGGAAGCCAUAUCACCAUUACCGGCUUGAGAAAUGGCCUAGGUGUUCUUUGCGGGCUCGGCUUGCUGUUCAGAGCGAACAAAUGGCUCAGCCGCCAAGCGCUCAAUAAUUGGACGUCCGAUAGGAGCUGGAAAUGGGACCGUGAGGUGGUUGUCAUCACAGGAGGCUCCAGCGGCAUUGGCGAGAUUCUGGUGCACGCUUUUGGGGGCAAGGGCAUCAAGGUGGCCUCGUUGGACAUUCAGAGCCCUCGAAAGCCUCUCCCGGCGAGCGCACGCUUCUACAGCGCCGACAUUACGUCCGUCAAGGCCAUCGGCGAAGCCGGCAGACGGAUCAGAGAUGAUCUUGGCGAGGCGACGGUGUUGAUUCUGAACGCGGGCAUCGGAAGCGGAGAAACCAUUCUGGCCGAGCCAGUGGAGAUGCUGGAGAAGACGUUCCAGGUCAACACGCUGUCGCAUUUCUACCUGGCAAGGGAGUUCCUGCCCCAUAUGAUCAAACACAAUCACGGUCAUGUCGUGACAGUGGCCAGCAUGGCGAGCUUCACGCCGAUCGCGAGCAAUGUGCAGUAUUCUUGCACCAAGGCAUCGGCGCUGUCGUUCCACGAAGGACUUGCUCAAGAGUUGAAGCAUAGGUACAGUUCGCCAAGGGUGCGCACCACAGUUGUUCAUCCGUUUUGGACACGUACCCCGCUAAUCGAAAGAUUGAUGACAAGUCCGCACUUCAAGAAGUUCGUGUUGGAGCCGGAAACAGUUGCGGGCGCAAUCGUAGACCAGAUCAUGAAGGGCGAAAGUGCGCAGAUAAUACUGCCGACACGCUUCAGUCUUCUUGCGCCCUUACUGCGUGGCCUUCCAUCGUGGCUACAAGUGGCCGUUCGAGACGCUGACAAAUCACUGAUGGACAUUGAUGCUGUCAAGCGUUAG